AUGAGAUUUGGAUCACAAUGGCGUAUUAUUAUAUUCGCCCUACUGACUAUAGUGUCAGCAGAUGAUAUAAUACAGGAAUCGAUAAAAAGUUCCCGGUUCAAAUCACGGACGCAUACCCGUCUAGAUAUGAGCACCGAAUUUUUUAUAAUACCAUCGAAAAGUGAAAAAAGUACAACAACAAUUGAUUCGAGUACUAAUACUGCUGCCGUCGUGGUUGUUACCAGAAGAACUCCGACAUGCACACCAGGAUUGAUAAAAUCUGACGUACCGUGCGUGCCUUCGGUUCAUCAACUUAAAAACAAAACGGACGAUCCAUAUUUUACACCUUUAAACGACUCAACAGUUCUACGACAGGAAGGAUGGGUCAUACCACUGUUGGUCCUGUCGUCGCUGACAAUGAUCAGCAUCGCAGGUUUCGAAGUGUUCGUUUUGUGUAAAGCAUGGAGAACUAGCCCUUCGCGACGUCAUUUGUUUCUCGGGCAAAUGUUAUUGCUCGGUUUAUUUUUAUGUGCCGGUCUCGGUGGUGUCGUGACGGUGUCACCAAACGUUGUCUCGUGUGCGACCGUAAGGUUCGGAGUCGGUUUGGCAUUCGCCAUUGUUUUUUCAACGCUACUCGUUAAAAACGUUUUUUUAAUUAGUUUAAACAGUGGUGUUUAUCUUCCGGCUCCAUAUCAAGCUUUGCUAUUGCUUUUCGCGGUACUCAUUCAAUUGGUUGUGGACGUGCAAUGGUUGGUCAAUUCUCCGCCGAAAAUCGACGUUAUGAAAUUCGAAGGACUGUCUUCGUUACAUAGGAAAAAACUCGUAGUUACCGCUGAUGAUCUCCUUUUCGAUACUUCGAAUUCGGUGUCAGUGUGUCACACGCCUUACACUGAGAUAUUGAUGUCUUUGAUAUACGUAGUUUUUUUAAUUGUUUUCGUAGCCAUAUUGGCCAUCAAAUCGAGGGGUAUUCGUGAUAAUUAUCGCGAGGCAACAUAUAUCGGACUAUCCGUCGGAUGCAUCAUACCAAUGUGGAUGAUAUGGGCAAUAACGGGUUUAGUUUUAUCCGAACGUCACAAAGAUGCAUGCAUAGGUUUCGGUCUUGUGUCAACAUCGGUUAUUAUUUUUUUAAUUAUGUUCAUGCCCAAAGGUAGGCAAUUAGCUGCCAUGGGUAAGGAUGGAGUUUAUGUGGAAGAUCGCGAAGAUAGAUUCAGUACUUUGACACCCGCUGGAAGCGGUUAUUCUCCAUCUUUUUUUCAUUUAAAACCAUCCAAAUAUGGCAUGGUCAACGACAAUAUGGUGCCAACGUUGACAACUCACAAGACUAAUCCAUCAGCAGCCACGUCGAUCGGAGCAUGUUUUUUUUUUUUUUUUUUUUUGCUUGAAAAUUUUCAAUUUCACGGCUCUGGAAAAUCAUAA